UGGGGAUGCGGUGUUUCUGGCUCUCCGCCGCUUUUAUUCGGGGCACCGGGGGGUUGCUGCGGUCCUGUGGGCUAUGCUCUGAUUGCCCCGUAUCUGCUGGAGAAAUCUGGGGUGCCUGGGAGUGACGCGAAAGGCUGGGUUUCGUGAUGGCACUCCCAGGCUCAGUCAGUACUUGUCUUUCUCCACCUGUGCAUUACAUGAUUUGCAAACUUGGAUUUGAGAAAAAAGACAUCUAUGAUAUUAAUAAUAUUGUGUCUGAAAAUGGAGAAGUAUGUUGGCAAGCUGUUACAGAGCAUUUGCAUUACCUUGAAUCAGAUCAAGGUGUGGAUUAUAUCAAAAGUGUCCAGUCACUCGGACCUGUAUGUGAAUCAGUUAAUUUGCACUUCAAAUCUCUAACCAAGGACCGAUUUGUAGUUCAGUAUGCAGUAUGGUUUCACUGGACAAACUACACAGAGUUAUUUCUUGAAGUAUUUGAUGUUCUACAAUAUGCGCAAGCUACAGAAGUUGCUCUUGGCUUAAUGAAGCUGACAUCAUGCUUGGAGAGAGCUUUGGGUGAUGUAUAUUUACUGAUUGGUAAAGAUUGUCCCUUCCUUCUAAGAGAUUUGCUUGCUUCUGAGCAGCUUGCAGUUGUUUUUGGACAAGAUGUAAUGGAUGUACUAAGGGUAUUCAUUGGAUCACCGUAUGGUCUGAAUCUUCGUAAUGUUUUGUGGCAUGGGUUUGCAUCCCCACAAGAAAUUCCUGCAAAAUAUUGUGCUAUGCUGCUUUUUUUAACUGCAGGAUUGGGUCAGUUAUUACAGACAUACCUUCUGAAAACUAAAUAUAUUUUAGUACAUCGACCUUAUGUGACCUUCAUUAGCUUAGAGGAGCUUGUUGCAUUUCCAGAUCUUAAUCAUGAAACACUUUGUGUAGCAGAAGAGCUAGUACAAGUGUCUAAUUUUGUAUUUGAAUCAAUGGUACCAUUUUGGAUGGCUGCUUUAACAGCCUUCAAGCAAAGCAGGUAUGCUGAUUGUGUGAUUCUCUUACUUCCUCAGCUGGAAGCUGGACUCAGAUUGCUCUUCACUACAACUAAUAAAUGUCCAAAUCGACUGCUGACAGCUGAGCCUUCUGCUCUCUACACCACUUUUGAUGAGAUGCUAAAAAAGCAUUUGGAUAAUGAAGAAAUCAACCAGCUUCCUUCAGUUCUUGAAGAACCUGCCAUGGAAUUUCUUUGGGAUUUCUUGAACCACCAGGAGGGUCCACGUAUAAGAGAUCAUUUAAGUCAUGGAGAGAUCAAUCUAAAAACAUUUCCUAGAGAAUUGGCCAAUCAGAUAGUUGCAUUUGCAAUUACACUUCUCUGUAGAUUCUCAGAUGGAGACACAGUUGCUUUCAAGGAACAUGUGAUCAUAAAACCAUUGAUGACUUCUGCAAGUUGCUACCGUUCUCAAUUUCAUCCAAUUUCCCGACUAAAGAAACAGGUGCUGGAAUGCAUGAAGAGCAUUCACGUAUGGCCUGAAUUACCAACAGUGUCUGAGGAACAUGUUCAAGCAGUUAAAGGGUUAGAAGGAAAUACUGAAACUAGUUCUUUAAUUUUGAAGAUGGCUGAAAUCCUCUCUCAAGUACAGCAGUAUUUGCCCCGGGAUUGCUGUAGUCCAGAUGAUCCUAUCAAUAGUGUUGUAACAGAGAGGCUGUUGGUAAAACUUUGUGAUAAACACGUUUGCACACUCUAUUCUCCACGACCUGUCCUGGAAGUAUUAGUGGUACUCCGUAAAAUAUGCACACAGUGCCAUCAAGUGUCGGAACAAGUUAUUGCCAGCAUUGAGUUGAGAUAUAAACAGUGGAUGAAAAAGACUCUACGUUCUCGCCAAAGGCAUAACUAUCUACGAAUGUUAAACAGUAUUAAGUUUUUGUUUCCGGUGUUGCGGCUCAUCUUACUGUUGAUUACUCUGGAAGUAAUCAAUGUCCAUUUGGUUUGUAAGAAGACUCCUUCUGAUUAUCAGCAGUAUCUAAAGUUUUUGAAGUCAAUCUUGCAAUAUACUGAAAACUUGAUGACAUACACAAGCCCAGAGAAAAACAAGUGGGAUGAAACUGAAGAGCUUACAAAUAAGGCUUUGAUAAAAAUAAGGAACUUCAGUGACAGAAAGCUAACAUUAAUUCAGUCAGCCACAUAAAUUAAAUAGUUGUAAGGUUAUUAGGAUAUUGUUAUAUCUUAAGAGUUUUGAAGUCAUCAAACUUGACAAGUCUAAGGUUUAAAAGCAAACUUCAUCAGUCAUUGUAAAACUUUGGAUGCAAAAUGUAUUGUUUUUAUUAGAAGGCUGUUGAGACUGGAGUUGAAUUAUCAAGCUUCUGAAGAACAAGCUGUUUGCCAAAUCCAUUAAAAAGGAUUGACUGCAAGCCUAUUCAGGAUGAUGCAAGUUCUUCUUUAAGUAUAUUAUGUUUUGUAGCUAGACUUUUUUAUAUAAAAGUUUUUUAUUGUACUGAAAACAUCUAAGAGAAGAGGAUGAAUAAAAGCUCUGGAAAAAAAAUCAAAUUCCUAAAGAUUUAUUGUACAUGUUGAUGAAAUACACUGGAAAUAGUUUCAAGUACUGUGAUGAACAGAUUGAGAAACAAUUAAUAGUAUAACCUUUAGGGUAAAGUAAUGCUCAUUGACAGCUAUAAUUGUUUUUAUUAGUUCAAACCAGCCAGGUCAUGCAUGAUGUGCACCAUUUGUUUAAUUUAUCUGCUCAUUCCCAGUACAUGCCUAGUUAGUGAGUUAACUGCAUGUAAAUUAAAUAUGAACUCUAAAGUGUACACAAUCACAGUCAUGUAUUUACUAUGGUUCAAGAAGUUAUCUUUGUGUUGCAUACAAGAUUCCUUUUGAAUAUAUUUUUUUCAAAAAUACAUUUUCCCAUAUUCUUGUCCACAAAGACUAGAAUUUCAAAGGAAUGCAUCAGUUUAAGAAUGGAUUCACAGAAGAUAACUAAUCUCUAUCCAUUUCUUUCUCCUAUGGAGAGCAAAACCAGAGGGUAAUGUCUGGAGAUAGCUUUGAUUAUACAAACAAUUAGAGAUUCAAGUUACAUUUUAAUAAGAUUCUUUGACUGGAAAUCAUAGUGAGAGAAUCACUAGUUCAGUGAUGGGGGUAGAUGUAAACUAAAAUCAUGUUGCUUCAUUCAAGCUACCCUUUCAAUGUUUUAAUUGCAAUUUUGUAAUUUAACUAUGUCACUUUCCAAGGUUUUUGUUACUCUAAAACUAAAGGAUAUGAAUUAGAGAAAAAAGGAUUUAAACUAGGAAUAAUUAAUUGAAUGCAAUCUUUGAGCCACAGUAUAAAAUUUCAGCUUUUUUAACAGCUGAAGUGGCAAAUUUAAUUAUAUUUAGAAGAUGUAUUUUCUAUCUGUUGACUUUGCUCAGCAGUGUUAACUUCUGUGAAGCAUAGCUUUAUAGUUACUUUUAUGACAUUUGCUUUGAUGAUGAUAAGUGUUAUAAGGCAAAAAAUUUUUAAAACUUUGCCUAUUUGUUGAGGAAAGAGAUUAAGAAAUUAAAAUUCAUAGUGUUUUAAAAGUGCAUAAAUAGAUGACACUCUUUCUCCUUGUUGAAAACAUGUUCUUGUACUGAAAAGCAUCUUACAGACUGUGUGUAUUUUCAACAACAUAAAAGUUCUCCUUCCUAUACUUUCUUCCUAAACUUCAUUAAAAUGAUCUUGCAUGCUA